AUGUUGCUACGGGUGUUCGCCGACGAGGGCAAAGAGGACGCUAUCAGCGCAGUCCCUCAGGCUUCUGUCACGGACCUGAAUAUCACAUGGUAUGAUCUCGCUCAAGAACGAUCGGUCCGAAGAAGAGCAGCGAAAAUUGGAGCAGCAACUUACGAGGCCAACUGCAUCGCCGUUAACAAACCUAAAAGAUCGGCUCGCAACUCGCAAGCGCUGCUGACCUUUGACUCAAACACUCCUCUACUUCCUAAGUUUCCACCUAGUCGCCGAGUAUUCCGCAUGCUGAUCGGCCUCGUCGGACAUCUUCGGACCCAAUUCCAUAACAUGACAACACCUACUGGCUCCGUUGUCACUCCCGCCGCGAGCACCGCUACGGCGACGACCACCACUGGUGAGCAAAAUCCCGACGCCGUCGACGCUUACCACUGUUCGACCGUCGUUGCUGACGAUGUCUACCGUGUGUUCCACAGCAAGGUGAAACGGCCACAGUGA